UUUAUCUUGCUUGCUGCAAGUCCUCCCUCAGCUGAGACAUGUUCUCUGGUGCCGGGAUCUUUUUUUUCCCCCCUCUCUCUCUUUUUUAUGUUUUCUUCUUGUUGUUUUUCUUUUUAAAUGUGUAAAGUGAAGAGUUCCUCUUCCCCCCUCUCCCUUUCCACUCCAAAGAACCAACCUCCAGUGAAUUAACCACUGGAGCUGUUGCUGCUGUGCCAGAGGGGAGAGUGAACCUGUGCCUGCAUGUGUUUAUGUGUAAAAUAGAUACCAAAAUGUCAAUGAACAGCAGGAAAAGUUCUGGGAGACCAUCUUACUACUAUCGACUGCUCCGGAGGUCACGACUGCAGAGACAGCGAAGCAGAUCCCGGAGCCGGAACAGGCCGCUUAGUAGGGAGUCCCCCCCGGAGAGGUGCGGGCAGAGGCGCAGCAUGCCCAGCGGGGUCACCGAGAAGAACCCCACCAUGGAGCCUGCUGCCACAACGCCCUUCCGCGUCACGGGGUUCCUCAGCCGGCGGCUCAAAGGCUCCAUCAAAAGGACAAAGAGCCAACCGAAGCUUGAUAGGAACAGCAGCUUCCGGCACAUUUUACCUGGCUUCAGGAGUGUGGACAAUGAAAGAUCCCAUCUAAUGCCGAGGCUGAAAGAAUCGCGCUCCCACGAGUCUUUGCUCAGUCCCAGUAGUGCUGUUGAGGCUCUGGAUCUCAGUAUGGAGGAAGAAGUGGUCAUCAAGCCGGUCCACAGUAGCAUCCUGGGACAAGACUAUUGCUUUGAGGUGACGACUUCAUCAGGAAGUAAGUGCUUCUCGUGUCGUUCUGCAGCAGAGCGAGAUAAAUGGAUGGAAAACCUGCGGCGUGCCGUGCACCCAAAUAAGGACAACAGCAGAAGGGUAGAGAAUAUGUUAAAGUUAUGGAUUAUUGAAGCCAAGGACCUGCCAGCUAAGAAGAAGUACUUGUGUGAAUUAUGCCUGGAUGACGUUCUUUAUGCACGAACUACCUGUAAAUUGAAAACUGAUAAUGUCUUUUGGGGGGAGCACUUUGAAUUUAAUAACCUCCCAUCACUGAAAAACAUUACGGUGCACUUAUACAAAGAGACUGACAAGAAGAAAAAGAAGGACAAGACCAAUUUCAUUGGCCAGGUGAACAUCCCUGUCAGCUCCGUCACGGGCCGGCAGUUCGUAGAGAAGUGGUACCCGGUGGUGAGCCCCAACCCGGGCAAGGGCAAGUCCCCAGGGCCCAUGAUCCGCAUCAAGUCGCGCUACCAGAGUAUGAGCAUUCUUCCCAUGGAGAUGUACAAAGAGUUUGCUGAGUACAUCACUAACAAUUACAUGGUGCUGUGCUCGGUGCUGGAGCCCUCGCUGAGCGUGAAGAACAAAGAGGAGAUGGCAUCUGCACUGGUGCACAUCCUGCAGAGUACAGGCAAGGCCAAGGAUUUCUUGACUGACCUGAUGAUGUCUGAAGUUGAUCGCUGUGGUGAGAAUGAGCAUCUCAUUUUCAGGGAGAACACACUGGCCACCAAAGCAAUCGAAGAAUACCUGAAGCUGGUGGGGCAGAAAUACUUGCAAGAUGCCUUAGGGGAAUUUAUCAAGGCACUGUAUGAAUCAGAUGAGAAUUGCGAGGUGGAUCCCAGUAAGUGUUCAUCUUCAGACCUUCCUGAACAUCAGAGCAACCUGAAAAUGUGCUGUGAGCUGGCCUUCUGCAAGAUCAUCAACUCCUAUUGUGUCUUCCCAAGGGAGCUCAAAGAAGUUUUUGCCUCAUGGAGACAAGAAUGCAGCAACCGCGGCCGCCCGGACAUCAGCGAGCGGCUGAUCAGUGCCUCCCUGUUCCUGCGGUUCCUGUGCCCGGCCAUCAUGUCCCCGUCCCUCUUCAGCCUCCUGCAGGAGUACCCGGAUGACCGCACUGCACGCACUUUGACCCUCAUUGCCAAGGUCACCCAGAACCUCGCCAACUUCGCCAAGUUUGGCAGCAAAGAGGAAUACAUGUCCUUUAUGAAUCAGUUCCUGGAACACGAAUGGACUAACAUGCAGAGAUUUCUCCUGGAGAUUUCCAAUCCCGAAACCAUCUCAAACACUGCUGGCUUUGAAGGCUACAUUGACCUGGGCCGGGAACUGUCCACUUUGCACUCGCUACUCUGGGAAGUCAUUUCUCAACUGGAGCAGGGCACUGCAACGAAGCUUGGGCCUCUGCCUCGGAUCCUGAGGGAUGUCAACUCGGCACUCAGUAACCCGGCCUGCGUGCAGGUCUCGGUCACGGCCGAUCACACCGCGUCCACACCCAGUGCUGGCAACAGCAUCUCUGCGGGGCUCCAGAAAAUGGUGAUAGAGAAUGACUUAUCUGGUCUGAUAGAUUUCACACGGUUACCAUCUCCAACCCCUGAAAACAAGGACUUGUUUUUUGUCACAAGGUCUGCUGGGGCCCAGCCCUCGCCUGCCCGAAGCUCCAGUUACUCAGAGGCCAAUGAGCCCGACGUGCAGAUGUCUAAUGGCAGCAAGAGUUUGUCCAUGGUGGACUUGCAGGACAAUCGGCUCUUGGACAGUGGGGCCAACGCGCCCGGCACGGCUGACUCCCUCAAUGACAGUCAGUCAUCCCUGGGGCAGUUGCAGGGCGUAUGGACCACACGGACUCAGCAGAACAGCGUCACGGGCAUGGCCACGGUGCGCCGGGUGGGCCAGACCCCGACCACGCCGAGCGGCGAGAGCGUGCCAGGCCGGCCGCAGCUCCUGGCGCCGCUCUCCUUCCAGAACCCCGUGUACCAGAUGGCGGCGGGGCUGCCGCUGUCCCCGCGCGGCCUGGGCGACUCGGGCUCCGAGUGCCACAGCUCGCUCAGCUCCCACAGCAACAGCGAGGAGCUGACGGCCAACAAGCACGGCUUCGCCGCGCCCGCCGCCAGCGAGGACUUCGCGCGCCGCACCGGGGAGCUGGCCCGCCGGCAGCUCUCGCUGACCGAGAAGGGCGGGCAGCCCACGGUGCCGCGGCAGAACAGCGCGGGGCCGCAGCGCCGGAUAGACCAGCCCCCGCCGCCGCCGCCACCCGCCGCCCGCGGCCGCACGCCGCCCUCCCUGCUGAGCACCGUCCAGUACCAGCGGCCCUCCAGCGGCACCAUCAUGUCCUCCUCGCCCGACUGGCCCGGCAGCGGUGCCCGCCUCCGGCAGCAGUCCUCCUCCUCCAAGGGUGACAGCCCGGAGAUGAAGCAGCGCACGAUGCACAAGCAGGCCCCUUCUCCUGUGAACCCCAAUGCCCUGGACCGCACUGCUGCUUGGCUUUUGAAUAUGAACAUGCAGUUUUUAGAAGAUGAAAGCAUUGACCCAGAUUCCAAGCACAGGGAUAAGCUCAGGAAUAAGGACGAGCUCAGCCAAGCAGAAAAGUACCAGCAGGACCUAGUGGUGCUGCAGGACAAGCUGCGCAUUUCCAACAAGAAGCUGGAGGAAUACGAGACUCGCUUCAAGUGCCAGGAGGAGACAACGCAGAAGCUGAUGCUGGAAUACCAGGCCAGGCUGGAGGAGAGCGAGGAGCGGCUCCGCAGACAGCAGGAGGAUAAGGAGAUCCAGAUGAAGGGCAUCAUCAGCAGGCUGAUGUCAGUUGAGGAGGAGUUAAAGAAGGACCAUGCAGAAAUGCAGGCUGCUGUGGAUUCCAAGCAGAAGAUUAUCGAUGCACAGGAGAAACGCAUUGCUUCCCUGGAUGCUGCCAACGCACGGUUAAUGAGUGCCCUUACUCAGCUCAAAGAGAGGUACAGCAUGCAGACACGUAAUGGGAUCUCCCCCACAAACCCAACUAAAUUGCAGAUUACAGAGAAUGGCGAAUUCAGAAACAGCAGUAAUUGUUAACCCGCGGAGGCAGCCGCAGGAGGAGGCCACAGAGACCGUGCAGCAGCAGGCGUGAGCUUCAGAGAACGGCUGCUCCCCCUGAGGACCCCGCUCCUUACUGCGGACGGCGCUUGACUGAGCCUCUGUGGGAGAUGCUAAUGCCAGCACAUUGAGGGGACGGAAAGAUCGAGUGUGAGAUGAGUGGCAUAAGGAAAUAACAUAUAUUUGAGCAUUGCUGUCACUGUUGGAUUUCAAUCAGUGUUUAAUGUUUAAACAAAAGUUACCUUUUUUCCUUCUAAACUGCCCAAAGGAUACGCCUCACCCCUCCCAGCAAGGAGUAACGUCCUUGUCCUUGCAGUAAGCGACACAAAGGGAGCUGGGCAGAGCCUGCAGCAGGCAGGGGCCCAGUAAGUCCAGUUAAAGGGUGCUGCUGGAUGUAGCUGUACGAGGGAUGCAGCACCCGCUCCUCCUGUGACUCCCCCGGGAUCACAGCCCGCUCCCAAAGCAAGCCCUGAGCCCAGCCCAGCCUCCUUACUUGGCUUUUGUGAGGCCACUGACUGUCCACAGGGGCAUUUGCACAGCUGAUUAGUGUUGAAUUAACUCCCCCAGAGAGGGAGCACAGUCCAGAUGAGAGGUCAGGGCACAGGCUGUGUGCUGGAGUAGCCGAAGGGGUGCUGCAGGGCAGCGAGAAGGGCAUUGCUGGGGGUCCCGGCGGGCCCUGGCGCAGCCCAGGAGAGCAGAGCAAGCCCAAGGCUCUGGCAUGCAAGUGGAGGGAGGAGCUGGCACCUGAACAGCGACUUGAUGCCUCUCUACAGCUUCUGCUCUCACAAAUAAAGGGGAAGAAUCUUUGUAAGCAAUAGCCCCAGGGCACUGUCAUCCUGUCCCUCCCAGACACAAUUCUAGCCACAGAAUAAAUAAAUGUUGCCUGAGCUUGGUCCCGAGCUGUGAAUGAGGUGCAGGGGCUGGAUUUCCUGGUGCCCGGUGUGGUAGAGGGGGAGUGAGGGGCUAUGUGAACUCGCCAGCUUCUUGUGUGACAGAGGGUUCGUAUUGGGGGUGUGAUGCUCUGUGCAGAGAUUUUUUUACUGUUUCUGGGGAGAAAAAACAGACAAAGAAACAAGAAAAAAAAAAAGCCCUGAAGAACCAUGAAGAUCGGUAAUUGUAUUUCUUUUCUUUCACAGUAUGCAUUAGAAAAAAAAAGAUCCCAUUUUCUGGAAUACUGUCCUCUUUAAAUUGGGAAUGAGCACUGCAUGGAAAUUAACCGGCUCGAAGAAUGUAAAACAUGGUCAUAAGGGAGUAACCACCAAGAACAGCAGCCACCACCGAAAGGCCCCUUGUCAGGAGCACUGUGCAGGCAUAAGCCAGGAUUAGACUUUCCCAGCUGCUGAGACGCAGAUUCGGCACAUUCCCGUUGUGCUCAGCGGAGGGGUCACCUCCUUAACGGGGGAUCGUGCCGCUGACCGGCCGCCACGGUGUGUUUGUUGGGUUGUGGUUGUUCUAAGGUAGCACUUCAUGACUCCCACUCUCAGAGCAGGUCACUCGUAACCAAGAGCCAGAGAGCUCUCUCUGAGAUGCGGAUGACAGUGUACAGUGUACAGGACCUCUGCCUAUUCCUCCCACUAAAGUUUAUUACACUGCUCAACGCCUGUCCUAGCUCCUCCUGCCAUGUGUAAAUGUACAAAGGGACUAGGAUGUUCACUGAGCUCUGCACAGCUCAGGUACCGUCUCCAGCCUCACCCCACCUAGGCUGCCUGAGCAGGACACUUUGCCAGUAAGCUCUGCAUUGCCAUGCUGCCCCACAGGCUCAUUCACAGCAUUCACCACAUGCAAUUGUUUUCACAGCUAAAGAUGAUGCCUUUUAUUCCUAAACCUUUUUCUGUUCCCGGGAAGCCCUGGGCCGAGCCGGGUGCAGUUUGGUCCAUGGAGGAGAGAACGUGGUGCACUGAGGUCUGCGCGCCCCACCAACACCCGCAGCGCGGUGCAGUCACGCAGCAGACCCCAAACGGAGCUCCUCAGAGAACAGGAGUAACUAAGUAUUUAUGGCAAGUGUGAAUUUUGGAGACUAGCACAGAUGGCUUUGAAGAACCUCACAAAACUGACAAGGUUACAACUGGAGAAAGACCCAGACAGGUUAGGAGUGUACAGGGUACUGUGAACCGUUGGGUACGUACACUUACAUCUGCCAUUGUCUCAGAGUCAAAUACUUGAUAACAACCCUGCAAAAAAAGACUAUUUUAAACCACUGUUGCCCUGAGAUGUGUGUUUAGAGCUGAUGGGUUUUGAGUUCAAAAUACUUGUGUUGCAGAGAUGGAAGUUUUUCAAGAGAGAACAUGAGGAAUGGAAACGCCAGCAGGGCCCGGCACAGGCAGUGUGUUUCCAUUCAUACACGGAUGUAAUGUUGGGAUGCAGUCAGUGGAAAAAAGAAACGCCCACAAAACAAUUGUUUAGUACUGGAGCUAAGCACAGUACAGCUUAAUCUCCUCCACCACAAGCCAAGGCACUGCUCCCCCCGCCCCAUCUGUCACAAACUCCUGGUUAACUCAAACUUGCCAAUCACUGAACACACGUCGUUCUGCUGAAACAGCAGGAACGCUUAAAUCCUGCCCCAGCGAGUCAUUAGAACCUUAAAAGUUCCAGUGCCGGCACCUUCGGGAGUUGUGGCUUAGUUUCCUGAGCCAGUAUGGAAAGAAAUUUCAAUCAGGACAAAGUCUCCUUACAGUAGAUUCCUACUAUUCCUCCCCAUUCCCUCCUGUCUCCUUCCCUGCAACUAUCAACAACUGGGCCUAACCGUGACCCUCUCCUGAGAAGGAAGGUUCUGGGGUAGGUUUGCAGCUCCAGGCUCACUUCAGUUCUGUUACUUCACUUUGUGUUUCUGUUAUUUAUGAACUGUACAUGUAUGUAUGUGGGGGGGGUGUGUGCACACGAGCCCCGUGUGGCUGCUGCCCUGGCACAGCAAUACCAGAGGCAAUCCCAAGUGGUGUUUGCAGCUCCGGAGCAAGGCUCCAACCGGAAUGUUUCGUGAGCGGCUCCGGUUCCUUUCUUGUUCUUGCGCUUCCUCCAGUAAGAGGCUGUUUCAGUGCAACCGCGUCCGAGUGUAGAUGAAACACAAACACACUCAGAUUUUUAUCUUAAUACAAGUCUUAAUAUUUUUUGGUAAAUGUUCUCAGUGUUUACUGUACCGUAUCUAUCUCACUAACAGUUGUACAUAGUAACUUACUUCUGGUGCUGCUUAUUCGGGCAGGAUUUGGCUGUAUCUCACUGCUGUUUUGGAGAGGGGGGACUCAAGCUAGCAAAUCUGGAUCCACACACAGGUUAUGAUUUCAGCCUCCUCCCUUGGGGAUCUGAGGGAAGGGGAAGGGAGAGAAGCCGGGGAUCCAGAUUUGGGGUUGGCCCACCUCAAGGAUUCUGUUUUAAGAGUUUUGAUUUGGGGUUUUGUUAAACUGUAGUGAAUGCUUGUCAAAAAUUUCAUGGAAAGGGGAUGAAAUGGACUGACCAGUAUCCCAAGGUCUCUGCAGACUGUAAGUGUCAUCGUUUUGGACAGGAAUCAUGGCUUCAGUGCCAAAAGAUUGGAGGGACCCGAGUCCUUCCCCAUGCCAACUAAUACUACAGUGUAGUCACCAGCCCCUUUUGCACCAGUUUAAGCAAAUCCUGCUGCCAUCCAAAGAGUCCUGCAUCACUGCACUGUCAUUUGAGUCUGGUUGGGUUUGUUUCCUGCUUCUGCAGUUGUAAAGCACUGAUUGCACUGUGAGAACAUGCUGAAUACUCGGGGCUGGGGGCCAGCCCCAUAGGCUGCCGCAGGGGGCAGGACACUGGUCCUGCUACUGCGAAUAUUCCUAAAGGGCAAAGGGAUUUGCCGGCCCUAAGCGAGGCAUCACAGGCUCUCCUAGGAAAGCAGUCGGCACAUAAUCAUUCCCAAAGUUCAGAGCGCUCUCUUUUCCCUGUUCCUGAUCUCCAUAUCCAGAUGCAAGAGGAAACAUACUGAGGUCUGCUCUGUGAUGAACAAAGACAGGACUUUUAGUCAGAGGAGAUGGGAAAUGCUCUGAUGCGUUCACCCAGGACAGCCACAGUGUGGUCCAUGGGUUUGACCAGCAAGGGGCUCAUUUCCCCCCGUGACCCCCAGGAGAUGCUCUGUCAGCAGCACUAUGACCAGCAGCACCCGCUCCGGUCACUGCUCUGUCCAUCACAUGUAGCUUUGCCUGGAGGGCGAGAGGCAGAAAGUCCAAAGGGAACAACUACGACACUGUCCCUGGAUGGGGUGAGCUCCCUGCAGCGUCCCCCUUCCCAGCCCAGCCACUGUUGGGGACCCGCUGGGACCUGGCAUGAGGCAGAGCACGUGGCCUCAUGGCCACCAACAGAUCCCUUAACUGGCCCUGGGAAGGGGCAUCUCCUCUCUCCAAGUGGGUCUCUGGCUGCUGAGCCCGAGGCUUGGCCGCGUGGCCCCUGCCCCGCACCGAGCCCCGCUCCAGCCCUGCACAGGUAACUGCUGCCGCCUUCUCUUCCCAUGGGGAAUAUGACACAUGGGGGAGAGGGAGGACGACAGCAGCACGCCAACACACAGCUCCUGGGCUUUACGAACCAAAUCCAACCUCGAGGGCGUUGCACAAGAUUCAGAACAACCAUGCUUGGGAAAAGGGUGUCACGUUCAAGCAUUGACUUCCACAGAUCACCCGAGCUGUGACAUUGCUGUAAAUGCCAUGUGGUUCUGCAUCAGCUACCAGUACCCCCAAGUGCAGCCUCCAUGCUCACGUAUUCCUUUAUCAUACAUCACUGUGUCUUAAGAUAUACCUCUCUGUAUAUCUGCUUAGGCUGAUACUCGUUCCUGAUAAGCAGUCACUAUGUUUUAUAUCCUCUUAUAAAGAAAAACAAAUCUUUUUUUGUAAGUAUGUUUAAAAAACAAAAAAAAAAAGCAAAGUGGAAGUGUUUGCUGAAUCUCCUUCAGCUCCUUUUAAACUAUGUAAUAAUGUACAGAGAAAGUUGUUGGUGUUCAAAGAAAUGAUGUGGCCGUGCAAUUUAUGUACAUUUGCAAUUAGAAAUAUUAAAGAUUUAUUUAGAUAUUUUA